AUUCUAUCUCCAUCCGGUGACGGCCGGUGAGUUUUCACCGUUCGAUAAAUAAAAUCUGCGAAGUUUUGGCGAGUUGAAGUGUAUUUUGGUCGCUGAAAUGUCUUCGAGUGAGUUGCUCAGGUGUUAUAACAAGGGAUGCGGGAAAGAAUACAGAGAAGAAGAAAAUAGAGAAGGUGGGUCAUGAACUCGAAGCGCAUCAGUUGGUUAUUUUCUAACGGAGCAAGAGUUAAAUUCCGUUUUGACAGCUUUUUUUUCCCCCAGUUCCUUUCGGUUCCUAUGUGUUCCACUUUCCAUGGAAAAAUGACUAUUUAAUAUUGUUUGUUUUAGAUUUAGGUCUACGUUUAUAGCUUGUCUCCGCGUAAGAUCGUUGAAAUGGGCAACUUGAUUUAAGUUCCCGGCUAUAUUGGAUAUGUCAUAUCUGCGUAUGCUUAGCAGAAAACAGCGUGAAACGGUAAUUACCAGUUUCUGAGUUGGUAAAAUGGCAGCAAAAACAGUUAUAGUGGAAAAAAAUGUUUAUGCCAGCGGAUUUGCCAAGUUAAAUCGUAAAUCUUCAACAGAAACGAUGAAGGUGGCUCGAAACUAAGACUGCCUUGUGGAUGCCUUGACCUUUGUAUGACUUGGAUGCUGAGCAGGGUACAUAAUAAAAGACAAGUGUGACGUCACGUUACCAUGGUAGAUCUCAACAAUUUUGGAGUUGGUGAUGGCUGCGAAAAUGUCACUUAACAAGGGACUCCAAAAAUUAAGCGCAAUUAUCUCAAUUCACUCACUUUGUCCAAUGUAGGUGAACUCUCCUGGAACUGAAUUCUUAAGAAAGCUAUUUAAGCGAGUGCCUUAUGGCGCAUACUGUCCAGUUACUAAGGCAUGAUGCAUACUGUCCUGUUAAACUGUCCUAUUAUAGCUGAAAUCAGGGCAGUUGAUAACCAAUCAGAUUUGAGAAUUUUGUUAUAUAGUUAUGAUUAAACAUGAAAUCAGGCAACAGACCUUUUUACCGAUACAGCAGCCAUACUGAAUUAAUUGGAUUUAAGGAGUAUUAUGGGAUGCCCAGGGGGCAUCAGCAAGAUCCAGUAUACUCAAGUCAGUAUGUACGCGGGCUUUUUGGGCCAAUUUUUUUAAAAAGUUUUCUUAGAAAUAGAUUGUAAUGGGAAAAAAGAUUGUUGUGCCGUGUUCGGAUGUAAUAAUGAUCGCCUUUUUCCCGAGAAAUAUACAUUGGUGGUCUUUUUUUGCCCAAAAAGCAUGCGUAAAUACUGAGCGAGUCCCCCCUGGGCAUCCCAUAAUACUCCUUAAAUCUAAUAAAUUCAAUAUGGCCUCCGUAUCAGUAGAAAGGUCUAUUUACAUCGUAGUCAUGCAGUGAUGGCGAAGAAAUGUACAGAAAAGUGUGCUGUACAUGCAAAGUUGUUGUUUUGCUAAUCUAAACCUUCUGCUUUUUUGAUGUUCUUGUUGCUGUCGCCGUGAAACUCCCUAGAUUAGGAUAUUCAAACAACUCAACAUGUUUAGAAUAAUUAACAAUUAUUCCACAAGUGCACGUUGGAUAUGAGAUGGUAGUUAGCCAGCGAGGCGCAUAGCGCCGAGUUGGCUAUAAUCAUGUCAUAUCCAACAAGCGCGAGGGUGAAAAAGCCCACAAAAUAUCCAGAAUUCUUCGCGACUUCAUUUGUGAAACAACCGAUUUUCAGCUUGUUUUUAAUUUUGAGCAGACGCAUAUAGUUACCAUAUUUGGAGAGCAUGGUAUAAUGGCUCAUAUACCAUUAUGGCUAAGCCAAUCAGAGCUCUAGAAUUGCAUUAUCCAAUGAUUUAGUUUUAAUAAUGUCUAUUAUUGUAAUGGUUCUUUCUACAAUUAAUUGAUUUGUGGCUCAUCAGGGAAGAAAGAUGUGCAGAUCAUGAAUUCAAUAAAACAAACUUUACAUUUACUUGUAUUGUGGUGUGUGGAUUAAUUAUUUAUAGUGAAUGUUUCGGACAUCUAACAGUAAGUCUGGCUAAUACCUCGCAAUGAUAAUGAACUUUGUAUUAAAAAAUGGAGUGAAAUUAGGGUCAUGGUAACAACAAUUAAUGCAUACAUGUAGCUUUUGACGUCCUUGUCAAACAAGCCAUUUGGUUACAAAGCGUGUGUCUCUCCCCUUAAACUCCUCCACCUAACUAUGGGAAAGAUCGCAUCUAUCAAACUAGGUUUUAAGAAAGAAGUUAAACUUGACACUUGCAGUUUAAAUUCUCCACCCUACCUAAGCAAAGGUCAAAUUCCCACUCCCCGGAACAGGUGAUGGUCAGAUGCCUGAGGUUUGCCUAGGGAGGAUGUUGAAGUUUUGUAUAGAUUAUUGCACGAAAGUAAAAUGCUUUGCCACUAAAUAAAGAAGGGUUUUUAAAGUGCAGGUUGUCCUAAAAUAAUAUCCACACUGUAGCUGAGUAGUGCGGUGAUAUUAUGUUAUUGUUUUUCAGGUAAGUGUCUCCACCACCCAGGUGCUCCAGUUUUUCAUGAUGCAUACAAGGUACAAAUGCUCAGUGCUUUUAAUAUGUGAAAUAAAACCAUAAAUGAUGGCCCCUGAUGUAACAUAUAUGUGUCUCCAUGCUGUCUGAUAGAGUCCCAUGGUUCUUUUGUUCUGCUUUUGAUUAUAGGGUUGGUCUUGCUGCAAGAAAAGGGUCACAGAUUUUACAGAAUUCCUCAACAUUCCUGUAAGUAUUUAUUGUUAAUAAUAAAAGUUACUUAACCAUUCCUCAAAGUGAAAUAUUCUUUUUAUGCAUCUUUUAUGGUGUUAAAGACUUUGGUCAAGGAGAUUUAAGGGGAUAAUCAUUAUAUUGUAAUAAUAUUAUAUGCAAUAAUCAUUAGAUCAAGCUGAGUAUGAUAUUAUGAAGAAUAAUCAUCUGGGCACUUAAUGACUUUCUGUAAAAUAACUGUUCAAAGGAGCAAAUAUUUUGUAGAAAUUUCUAAUUCCUGUGAAAGGCUAACAAGGUCUGGAAAACCAUUUCUAAGAUACUCUUAGUUUUUCUGCUAACUUACCUAAGAUUUUCGGAGGCUGUGUUUUUAACAUUUUUUGUUUCCAAGUUUAAAUAUGUGAUUAUAAUGUGAAUGAAAGCUUAAGGUGUCCUGAAAAUUUUGGUAGGAAGAAAUAUCGUGUUACAUAUAAUAAUGAAAGUUAAUGGCUACUCCGUGUCCUUGAAGUUUUAACCCAGCUCAUCUGGCUAGCUAUAACAGUUUGAAUGACGCAAAAGAGCCACCUAAAACUAAGACAUCCAAACGUGUAAAUAGUUUCAGGGCAGCUCCAAAUUAACCAAACAGGCUUCUAAAGCAUAAUGAAAAUCAUUUGAGACACUUCUGACAUAUUUAAAAACAUUUGGUCAUUGGGUGUCCCUGAGUCAUUGAUGGAGAUAUACUUUGAAUGAAUAUUUAAGUAUAGUGAAUUUUUUAAUGAACUUAAUUCACUGCAGGGUUGCACUGCAUCAAGUCAUAGUAAUGUGAAACCACCUGAACCAGAAAAACCAAUAACAGAUGAAAAACCUCUUGGUCUUGAUGAAGUAAGUAUUCUUUAAAGAAGGAUCAAGUGUUUGUGCAGAACCAGAGAACCUCAUGAUCAUGGUGGCAUUCUUCAUUAGCAGUGGCCAUCAUGGAAAGAACUAGUUAGAACAGGACAUCAAAUUAUAACUAAUGACAGGAAAUUGAUGCGUGCAAUAAUAUGGAUUAUUAUUCAUUCAAAAUAUUUGGCCUUUCUGAUUAACUUUAGUCCUGCCUAAUUCUUUAUGUUACCAGCUGGUGCUGGCCAUGUCUGGAAGAUGUGGGAAGUAACCAACUGAUUGGAUCGGUUAUUGUUCCAAAAUAAAGUAGCAUCCUCAUUCCUAGGCUGCUGUACAGGAGCCCAGCUGUUCAUGCAUGAGUGAGCUCAAACAAAUGUUGAAAGAGUUCCUGGUUUUCCAAAGAUAAAAUAGACAAAUUUCUGACUAAAACCGAAUGGAGAAAAUGCAAGAAUAUGCCCAAAAUACUAAGUGAUGAAUGUCAUCUCUCUUUUGGAGGGGUGUUAGAAGAAAACUUCCGUUUUAAAAAAUCCUGAAACUGUGCCAACAAACAGAGCAAAUGAGUAGAUAAGGUUGUUAAGAACUUUUAAAAAAUAAAGGAAGAAUAGGAAGGAAGUAGUCGAAUUCUGUUCAUGGUUUAGGUUAGAAUAUCAUGUGUACAGAGUACAUGUAGGUCAGAGAAAGGCAAACAACACAGUAAACUAUUGCCAUGCAAAGGCAGGUAAACAUCAGCUCAGACAUGUACAGGUAUGUGUGAUAGUAUCCACGGCAGAUAUUGUUUAUCUUGGUUGACAUAAUUUUGUUUUUUCUCCCAGGUGAUAAAAGUCGAACCUCCCAGACGGAAACCUUUACGUACUCAGCCUGUUGAAAGGCCAAGGUAUAUAGUCAUCAGUUUCUUUAAGAAUUGUGUGCUGACCAACUUGCGUGAUUUUGUUUUGUCACCAGCUUAUUGACUGUUGUUGUUUUUGUCUUGUGUAGUGAUGAUCUUCCCAAGAAACAAUUGAAGAUGUCCGUGAUGGAGUCUUUAAAAAAGGCUCUGCUUAAACAAAGAGAACAAGAAAAAGAUAAACCUGCUGCAAGUGACGGUUAGUUUGUAAAUAAAGGCUUAAGGUGAAGGCUUUUAGACAGGAACAAAAUGAUUGGACAAUUUUAAGUACCGCAAAUGCUCUAUUAAGCACCCCCCACCCCACCUGUUCAGGGGAAGAAAAUUAAUAAGCUCCCCUAUCUAUUAAGCUGCCCCUCCCCACCCCCCACAAAAUACAUCUGAUGUUACCCCCGCCUCCAGAUAUAAGCCCCCUUCUAGCUCGUCAUGCGAUGAAUUCUAUUAAAAUCAUUUUGAUGAUGUUUUGAAGCCUAAAAACAACGAAUGUAAAACAUACAAUUUUGAUUAGUACUGCCACAGCUUGUUUUGAAGCCCUUAGCUGUAAGUCUGUCCAUUUAUAAGCCCGCCUAAAACCAGCCUUAUGAAGAUGCAUAAGCCCAGAGCUUAUAAGUGGCAGGUUAUGUUAUAAUGUCCAUUUAUUAUUUUAUAUUCUAUUUCUUGUGCUUGGGCCUUUUGACUGUCUUUCUUUCUUUUCACUGAUGAAGUAACCUAAUUAUGUGAACCAUAGACGAAAAUAGGUAGAAGUGGAUGUGAUCCAUGACUGCAGUUAAGUGAACAACCUUGGUCGAUAAAAAGAACAAAAAAUAUUCAUGCUUGAAUUAAACAACCAGGCCAACCUGCGCGCAGGCAAAUGAAGUGUGAAUUUGUAUUUCUUCUGAUGGAAACCUAAAAUAGAGCUGUAUAGUCAUUAUGGUGUUUUACUCUUAAGGAAAUGAAACUGAUGGUGGCAUUAAACCUGGCACAAUGUGCAAGAACAGUGGUUGUAAUAGGGUAUGUGCGAUCAAUACUUCAAUCAUUUCCUAAAAGUCUUUCUUCGAUGCACUGAGAUGUUAUGGCCAAAAUCCUUCAUAAUUUAGUGCUUUGUAUCUCUAUAUUUCAGUCAUAUGUAAAUGAAAGUACCAAUGAUGAAAAGUGCUGGCACCAUUAUGGAGUUCCAGUCUUCCAUGAAGGGUAGGGUGAAAAGUCAUCCAUAAAUACAUUUUAUUCUAAAGAAGGGAGGCGUGUGUGGCCUAGCAGUUAACACCUCGAACUCCUGAGGUCUGGGGUUCAAGCCUCGCCCGUUGUGUUGUUUCCUUGACAAGUUUUGUUCUCACCCAGGGCCCAGUUGUUCGAGACAAGGGGUUAAUUUUAAACCCGGUUUCACUUUUUUCAAAAGUUUUCUCUAAUUUUCUUUCACCCAGGUGUAAAAAAUAAAACUGAAUUUGCUUCAUAUCUGAAAUCAUAUUUCGAACCCUUUAACUCUUUGAAAAACCCGCCCAGGGGGGUACCACGGACUUAAACCCUGCAAUGGGCUAGCAUCCCACCCAGGGGGGAGUAGCAAUACUCACGGGAUGCUUCAUGCUAAGGAAACGAAGAUAAGCAUUAGAGGUCUAGGCCUUUGGUUCGCAUGCACCUUUACUUUUUGUUUUACACAAGCAUAUUAUUGUAGCUACAGUGUAGGCCAGUCAAAAUAGGCCAACAAUCAGUGGAGGAAUUUAAUUAUGUUACUUUUGUUCUUUUGUUAGGUAUAAAUUUUGGUCUUGUUGCCGAAAGAGGACGACAGAUUUUGAUGAAUUCUUAAAACAAGAAGGGUGUACUUCUGGUUCCCACAGGUGGGAGCUCACAGAGGAGGUGAGGGACAUUAUAAGCACACAUGUCAUUUGAUACCAGUCACAUCACCCAUAACACUAAAUUAGCCCUUAACAAUAUUAUGUGCCUUAAUAAAAGCCUGUGCUCUAAGGAAAAUUGAAGGGAGUCCAGUGCUCUGAACUUGUGAAAUACAGUGUCUCUAGCAUGAUUUGUAUGAAAAAGCUAAGAUUUUCUGGUCGCCCGAGAACAAAAGUUAGGCGCCACAGGCCACUGGGCUCUGCUAGAGCACAGCCUUGUGAAUGGCUUCCUGCUUUGUUAAGAGAAGUGUAGUAUUAAACUUCUUUGUAAGGUGUUUUGACUCUAGAUGUUAAAGAGGCUUUGUCUUGACAGUCCAGUUUAUUUUUUAGGUUUCUUGUUCUCUGUCCUGCUCUUUGUCACGUGGCAUUUAUAGAUGAUUACAGAACAAAUUGAAACAAACACGGGGGCGCUAUUUUUUCAAGUAUACUUAGCCCACAUGCAAGUUCUCGAACCCUUAAACCACUGGCAAAUGACUUCUAGUUCUGCCUCUCCCAAUUCUCAAAUGGAAUUCUUGCUCUUUUGUUUAUGUUUAGUUGAAUGCAAUUCAUUUAAAUGUUCCUCAUCUUUGUCCUUCCAUGAUUGUUUUUUGCCCUACUGAAUUCCCCUUGUGUUCUAUAGGUCAAAGUUGCGGUUAUUUUGAUAUUUUAUUUCAUUCAAAUCUGUGACUGUUUUUCAAGUCCAGAAAUCAUCUGAAGCUACCUUCAUAUUGUAUGCUUUAUUGCUCUUUAUUGAAAUCAGCCACAGUGACUCAACUCGGUGACAGGGAAUUAAACAGGACUAAUGUCCCAAAUAAAUCAACCCCUUCGGUACCCACCCAGUCCAUGAAAGGUUGUACAGCUGACUCCCGAUAAUUCGAACCUUCAAGGGAAAUAGAAAAAAGUUCGACCGAGGUCGAGGGUAAAAUUAUAUAGCCUGAAGGGAAAUGUAAAUUGCCUUACUUUUGAGUUAACAGAGGGGGUUCUUCUAUUUCGACUGUCCCAAAAAUGCCUCCUACUUUUUAUGAACAGCAGUGUGGGUUCUUCUAUGUCCCAAAAGAAUCAGAACAGUGAAAGCUGACCUGUAAAACAGGGCCUACGGGUUUUUGUCCUUACAUUUAUCUGAGGAGACUAGAAUGACUAACCAUUUGUAGAUGUCACAACAAAGACAGCACAUUGUCUGGCCGGGGUUUAAACCCACGACCUCCCACUUGGCACACCGGUACUUAUCCAAUUGAGCUAACUGGGUGGCAGCUUAUUAUGAUCAAACUGCUACUCAAUUCAAGUUGUAGAGUAUCAAUGCUUCAAACAGCCAGUUAUAAUAAAAAUGACUCACUUUCAUUUAAGGUGCCACAGUAAAUUGAGUAAAAACCCUACCAUAUAUGGGCUAAAAACGUGGUUUUUUUCAAGAACCUGUAAAGGGUAAAAAUUUGCCAUUUGUAGAAUAGGGUAUCAUUUUUCAGGAAACUGAUCAAAGAACCUAUUCAGCCUAAAAUUUGGGGAGUUUACUCUAGUAUUGAAACAGGUUCUUAUUUUCCAGGCUCCCAGCCCAAUAUCUCUAAAAACUAAGAACGUUUUUUAAGAACCUGUAAACCCCUUGGGCAACAACCUGUUCAGAUAAAAUAAACAUUCUUAUUUUCUAAAAUCCUCUUUGGAGACAUAAGGUGCAUUCAGGAUCCUCCAUAGGUGCAACUGUAAUGGUAUACAGGUUUUUUCUUUAGGAAUGAGCUGAAUACCACAAAAUACUCAGAGCUCAGCUACCAUGCUUUUUAGGCUAUUUAGGUUCUUAAGUAACCUAAAUUUGUGCUAAUUACCAUUUGUGUAAGAACCUGUUUAGACUGACUUGAGAGAUUGCAAGUUCUUAGUCGCAGGUGUUUACUGUACCCAAGUGGUUCCCCAUUAAUUGAAACCACACUUGUUGGUAGUUCAGAAAAGAUCGGUUAUGUCAGCGUACGCAAAUAGAAGAUUUGCCUUUUCUAAGCCUGUGAAAGCAAAUUCUUGUUUUUUUUUGGUUUUUUUUUGGCAGGAAAAAGAGAAGAAAGUCCUGUGCAGGUAGGAUUUACUUUUUAGAAAUUGUUGGGAAUAACUUUUUUUUCUGUAAAAAGCCAACAUGGCACGACUAAAAUUCAAAUCGUUAUUGACUGCUAUAUUUCCGGACAUAACUGAAUCUGAGGCGGAAUUAAAGGCCUUUUCAGCAAAAUAUCUUGAAUAGCCCAUUUUACAGUUACAGGUGAAAACGACGCUGGAGUUGACAUUUGUUUUGAUACAACCCUUCUGCCUUUAUUAUGUAAAUAAUAUUUUUCUUAUGCUAACUAGUAUUUUUAAAGUAUAACUUCCAUGAGAAAAAGAAAGAGGUUUGUAUCAAAACAAGGUCAACCUCAGCCUCACGUCCACUUAAAGGCUAGGAUACAAAGCCCACAACUGUAAAAUGGUCAAUCGACACAGUUUACUUGUAAAGGCAGAUUACUUAGAAGAGUACACGAAAAAGGUAAUAUCAAACCUUUCGUAGAAUGAGAGGUCUCUUAAGAGAAAGCACGCGUAACAAUGUUACAGUUAAUAGCAGCUUAAGAUUGAGGGUUUUCGGCAUUUCCCGCGAACCGUGAUCGUUAAGAAGUCACGUGACCAGGACCUUGCCGUCAGGUUUGCGGUUUGAGGUUCACGUUUGUACGGCUUGGACCACGCUCCAGGGGUAAGUGAUUUACCGCAAGGUUUUUUGAACCCUAAAACAUCACAACCCCAAGUUUGAGAAGAAAUACGACUUUUUAGAAACAUAUUUUAUUUGGCGGGGGUACGCACAAAGCAAUUACGAGAAAGAAGAGGUUGGAUCCUCUUCCAGCAGGGGUAUUUUGCAGAACGCCGAAUGACUCUGAGUUUAGUAAUUAGGGUUAGAAAACUGAGUUAGCCUGCGUAGCAAGCGUUUCCGUUUGGUUUCGGAGCAAAAAGAGACCGUGGAAGGGGAUUUUCGGUUUUGAUCGCGCCGCAAAUUAAACGAGAACCAAAAAAUGAAAGAGAAGGGGAAGAGGUGGAUCCUUUCUUCCAGCUCUUUUACUUGUACCAUUUUUGGCGGUCUUUUGUUCCUCGUUCUUCGAAACCUGGUUCCUUUUAGAAUGACUCUGAGUUUUCAUUCAGUUUCCUAACCAUAAUCUUUAAACUUCAAGGUCAUUCGGCGUAGACUACGAAGUUUAGUGAUUAAUUAGGGUUAGAAAACUGAGUGAAUCAAGUUUCAGGUCACUUUUCCCGGUAUCAUGACCCUAAAUGAAACCUGAGAGACAUAAGUUGUUCGGCGUUCUGAAAAAAACCCCUUCCGAUUCUCUUCGCCUUGCCGCUUGGCCUUUCGCUCGCGCUAGAGAGCUCGCUUGCGGACCAUAACUACCUCUUUGUGUGAAACAUGCACACAUACUUGUCCGUAACUAGUGUUACUUCUUCCCGAUAUGUAAAGCCAGGAUUCCCAGCAAUGUGGGCCUUUUUUAGCUUAAAUUGUUUAUCUUUUGUAAUGAAGGUAUGACUGGUACGCAAUGGGAAACUUCAUCGUUGUGUCAAUUUUUGCGAAGUUGAGCGAUCCUGAGCAAACCGUCGUAGAAGCAAAUCAAACUGUGGUAAGUAGAGGUUGAAUCUGCACAUUUUGUGAUUAUUAUUAUUUUUUUGUAUUAUUGUCUAUAAGGAAAACGGUCUUAAAUACUACAAGAUAAAGAAAAACAGUGACUUUUGUUUCCCCGAACUUUUUUUGGUUGAACAAGUCAUUUUUUAUUUAUACCACCCAUGUCAAAAUUGAGACAAGUUCUAAGGGCCUGUUUACAUGGAGGUGGGGGACCCCAGAUAGGUGAGGUAACAUGUGGCGGGUCACCCCACCCAUCAUGUAAACGUGAUCAAAUUAAAAUGAGAGAUUAUAUGGACAGGCAGGUUACCCCACCUAAGCGGGUUGAAUACCUAACCUACAUGGGGUCCCCUACCCCCAUGCAAACAGGCUGUAAAUGAGUCUUUCGGCCAUUAUUGCGACUGGCACAUGCAUUUCCCCCGUUUUCUAAGAACACGACCUGGUCACGUGCGAGUCUUUUGUUCCCUUGGGACAUAGUUAGUGACACGUUCUCUUCCAUGCGGAAAACGCGCUUCGGUGGAAAGGUGUAGAAAGUCACGUCAGAACUCAUUGUUUCCUUGGAUAAGUCAACAAGUGCUUAAUUGUACGUGUUGUGUUCGUUAACAGUUACAUGCUCACGUUUCAUUUGGUGGUUCCAACGUGUUUGAACUCCAUCUUCGUCUUCAUGGGGUGAGUUUAACCUAUUUUAAGGCCGCGUUCACACUUAGUGGCCUGGCACGGUGCCCUUGUACGGUUCCUGCUGCGCACUAAUGUGAACACAAGUACCCACGCCAGAAUAUUCGGGCACGGUGCCAGUAGCCGAAUACAUGUUGUAGAUAUUGUACACGUAAGGUAGCGUUCACACUUGGUACCUGGGCACGUUGCGGUAGUACGGUACUCGCCAGGGUUCUCAAUAGAUUUUUAAGUAGGAGGUGAUCACUGAUAAAGUAGGAGGCUCUUCCGCAAAGCCAGAGGUGUCAAAACAAAGCAAAGAAAAGCGACUUAAACACAAAGUAAGCGGCUGUAAAUCCAAAGUAAGCGGCGAUCAAUCGCCGGGUGCCGCCUUCUGUUGAGAACCCUGACUCGCUGGGUACUAAUGUGAACACACCCUUUUUUAGUACGCUGGGUACUAAUGUGAACACACCCUUUUUUAGUAGGCUGGGUACUAAUGUGAACACACCGUUUUUUCAAGAACCUACGCUAAAAUUCGGCCACGGUGCCGGUGCCCAAGUACAAGGUCUCGACCUUGUACUCAGGCACAACAGUGGGCACCGUGUCCUUGUGUACAAAGCGUUUUUGUUUAGUUCUGGGGCAGUCCACUGCUUUGUUCUCGCUACUAAGCUCAUAUUUCAAAGUGGCGUCUCACAGGGCGAAACGAAUUUACUAUGUACGCAGUCACAUAUCGGAUACUCAAGGUGUGAACACAACACCAUUUUGUGCCGGUACCCAAGCAGUGGGUCCCGAGCACCUAGUGUGGACAGCCCCUUAGUUUACCUAAAUAGACUCACCGCGACUGACUGCUAUACUCGCCAUGAAAAGACCUGACAAAAUUUCGCAACAAUCCUGACAAAGCUUAAAUAAGCUUGCAGACAGUUUUGUAACAUUUGGUACUUAAAUAGCUGUGUUUUGACAUAAAUCGAAGUUUGUGACUGAUUUUUUUGCCAUUAAUUUACCUCCACGAGAGUGUCAUAUAUCACAAUUCUUCUCCACGCAGUUCUCAUAUGUUAUUUUCAUAUAUUCAUAACUUCAUCGGUGUCACAUGCCUUUAACACCAUCAAACCGCGGCAGUAUCAGCGCAGUCGGUAGAGCGCUUGACUGCAGAGCGAGAGGUCGCGGGUUUGAUUCGCGGAGCCAGACCAAUAUUCAGGGUCUUAAAAUAACUGAGAAAUUGCACUGUAAGCGGCUAGACCUCCGGUUGGCUCCGCUGACCACGUAACAUGGUGGUCCCGUAUCCAGUUGGAGACGUAAAAAUAAUGUCCCUGAUUAGUACUUUCGUGCUAAAUACAUAGACACUCAAAGUGCACUUUUUAACCUUUCGGUUAACGCUGUAUUUAACCUGCUUUUUAGAACCUGUUCUUCAAGGUUACUACCUUUGCACGUGUUAUCUUUCAGCUUAUUGUCCCAGAAAACAGCUCUGUAACGUUGUCACCAACCAAGGUGGAGAUUAAACUUCGAAAAGAGGAUAUAGGAAAGUGGCCUUCCCUGGAGCUCAAAUCAGCUAAGGAAACUACAAAAUCGGAAUAAAAACAACAUUAAUUAACACAAAGCACUGUGCAAACACAGCAAAGGAGAACGAUUUGGAGUCUGAGAUGGACGAAGAAAGAAAAAACAAUAAACCAGCGUUUGAGGCGGGCCUGCUUACGGGUUGCGUACUCGUCUGAUUCUCAGGGAGGGAGAUCCUAGCUCAAGGCGGAUCAUCCUAGCGUCAUAUGUUUUCUGUAUUCCGUUUAUAUGCAAAAGGUUGUACCUGUCCCUAGCGCUAGGAUUUUCCUAGUAUUAGGAUCUUCUUAGGUGACUAGUAGGAAGAUCCUAGCACUAUGUAAACUGCCUUCGCGAGGAAGAACCUGACACUAGGUACAAACCAGACAAAAAUGGCGGCGGGUUUUUCUGCGGGUAAUCUUUUAAUCUUAAAUUCUUUCUCUACUGAUAACCACACGGACCGAAAUUUCUGCUUGUAAACCGAAAGAAAAGUUGGUCCGCCUUCUAGGAUCUUCCUCCCUCCAUUAAAACAUCCCCUAAUGCAAAUAUAUGUUGUGUUUUAAGUCGUUUCAUAGAAUCGUUCUCUAGGAUCUUUUCGGAGUCCUUUGCAAAAGGCAAGCGUGUUGGUCAAGAUUUCAGACCUUAAUAAAUGAUUUUGUUCACCCUAAUUCAGUUCUAAAUCCCAUUUUUCAAGAGACCAAGAAUCAAAACCCACCCGGUUUUUCAACAUUCUGGUUCCCCUGAGCACCUAACUUUAACCUGUCCAAUAUUAGACCUGAAGUUGUGGAAACCAUACCUAGCCUGUGCCAGGCUUUGGGUUAGUGCAGACGAGCGAAAAAAGCGGGCAAGCAGCGAAAACGGGAGCGAAGAGAAGGGGAGAGCCUGUAAGCCUCUUUUAAUAAUUCAGUCCGCCCAAUAACUUGCCCACUUCCAGAAAAACCGUUUCUCGUGUCCAAUAGUGAGGUGUAGGAGGGUUUCACCCGCUCGCCAUGUAAGGUAAGGUUAGGGGUAGCGUGUUUCAGACUAAAAAAAGGUAAUCUUUAUUUAUACACUGUGUAACAGAUUCAUCAGGCAUGAAAUAUUACUAAUAAUAGCUGACACUACAGCUGCCCCCGUUUUGUAUAUUGUCGG